AUGACUAGGGAUCUGGCGCCCAAUGCUCAAACCUUCCAAAUCUCUCAAGCUCUUCACAGAGCAGGAAAUACAUAUCCAUUACAUAGUGUCCCUAACACACCAUCAAUUCCUACUCCGGCUGGCCCUUCGUUGACAACUUACUCCAACAAAGGAGGCGUAUGGGCAUGGGAAGAAUGGGGCGUUUCUCUCGGGUUCGCAGCAAAUACUUGGAUAGAUAAGUCCACUCCAUCAGAGAUCUGA